AAUGUACAAUCAUAUAAUCUCUUUUUCUUUACCUAACUCUUCUGGUUAGUGUUACUUGUAUUAUUAAUUUAUUUACUUGUAAGUGAAAGAAGACUUCAUCGCCUUCAAAAUGGCCAAACGUACUAAGAAAGUAGGAAUUGUAGGUAAAUAUGGUACUCGAUAUGGUGCCUCGCUGCGUAAGAUGGUCAAGAAAAUUGAAAUCACCCAGCACAGCAAAUAUACCUGUUCAUUCUGCGGAAAGGAAUCCAUGAAGAGAGCUUGUGUGGGAAUUUGGUCAUGCAAACGGUGUAGAAGAACUGUUGCAGGUGGAGCUUAUGUAUAUUCUACAACAGCUGCAACUACUGUAAGAUCCGCAAUCAGACGUUUGAGGGAAGUGAAUGACUUGUAAUUUCCAACAUUUGAUUAUUAUCUAAUAUAAGGACAUUAAAAAAAAAAUAUAUAUACCA